GAAAAAGACAGGUUGUAGCCGUCGUUACAUCAUAGCGAUGUAUUGCGGACCAUCCAGCGACAAUAUGAAUUCGCUUGUUGAGCCAUAGCUUACUUAUGCUCCCUCUCUUCUCUCUGUCCUCCCCCAUCCCUCCUACAUUUUCUCAAUUUCCUGCGAUAUACCGUACCCAUCCUACCCACCACUCCCCGAAAGCAAGUAUCACCACCAAAAUGUCUUCCCUCCGCGCCAACUUCCCCGAACAAGUCGACUCCGGUGGCCCCCCGAUUGCCAGCCGGGGCCGCCGUGAGUCCUACGCGCGGACUGAUGAGAGCGUCACCUUUGAGUAUCCCGAUGAGAGCCAGAUGCCUCACUCGCCCACCAUCGAGGGCAUGCGCUAUAAGCGCACCCUGACCGAGUUCUCGCUCGAGAAGAAGGUGACGAUUGUCACGGGCGGUGCUCGUGGUCUAGGUCUCGUCAUGUCACAGGCCAUCCUCACCUCCGGCGCGGAUUUGGCCAUUGUCGACCUGAACAAGGACGAAGCCGAAUACCAGGCCAACAACUUGGUCAGACAAUUCAAGGAGGAGAACCCCACUUUGGAGCUACCACCCAAGAUUACUGCCCACUAUGCCGACGUCUCCAGUCCCGACUCGGUCAACAAGGCCCUGGAAGAAAUCAUCGCCCAGCACGGCCGCAUUGACAACCUCGUCACCUCCGCCGGUUUCACCGAGAACUUCGAUGCCAUUCACUACCCCCAUGAGCGGAUGCAGAAGUGCUGGGCUGUCAACGUCGACGGCUCAUACCUCUUUGCCACUGGCGUUGCCCGUCAUCUGAUCGAGCGCAAGGCCCCCGGCAGCAUUGUCAUGAUUGGCAGCAUGUCCGGUGCUGUGGUCAACGUCCCGCAGCCCCAGGCCCCCUACAACGCCGCGAAGGCUGCCGUCCGCCAUCUUGCCUCGUCUUUUGCUGUGGAGUGGGCGCCAUAUGACAUCCGUGUCAACUGUAUCAGUCCCGGUUACAUGAUGACCGCUUUAACACGCAAGAUUCUCGAUGAGAACCCUGAACUGGAGGAGAAGUGGACCUCGCUCAUCCCCGCCGGCAAGAUGGGUGCCCCCGAAGACCUCAUGGGUCCCGUCACCUUCUUGCUCAGUGACGCUGCCAAGUAUGUUACCGGCGCCGACCUGAGAGUCGACGGUGGUUACACUUUGACUUAAUUCUCUGUACUUUCGUCGUCAUGGGUUGUAUUAAUUAGCUUUGUUUACGAUGUUCUACGGUCUGUGUUUAUUUUGGUUGGGUUCAUGAAAACAGUUAUGAUAUAGAAGACGUACCAGGUGUACGAAUAGAUAGGCGACAGCCGGGUUUCUGUCGUGUUUGUCAGUACAUAAAUGAUACCGC